CGGUGACAUCUCCAUCCCGGCGGUGACAGCCUCCCCAGCCGCCGCUGGCAUCGGCGGGGAAGGGAUGGAGAGCCACGGGGAGCAGCGGCUCUCGGCCGGCGGCGACCUGCCGCUCUUCUCCUGCCCUGGAAACAGGGACAGGCCAGGGGACAACCAGAGCAACACCCCCGGACAAGAGGGGCCAGUGGCCGCGCUGCCCAUGGUGCACAGAACCACCUCCUUCUCCGUGCUCGACAUCCUGGACCCUAACAAAUUCAACAGCAAAAGGCGGCAGUGCGGGCUCUUGUACAAAUCGGUGGGGACCGAGUUCACGCUGGGGACGGAGGACAAGCCCGAUGACUCAGGGACGGAGCUGCCCGAGCAAAAGGCUCUGGCUGAAGAUUUCGACACGUGCAAGAAGUCCGCAGACCUGAUCAAGGACGGCGAGCUCUACAAGCCCGAGGAGUGCGACCUCGACUACAGCAGCCGGCCGAGCCGCAGCCCCGACAGCGAGCUGCCGGACGACGAGGAGCUGUGCAGCGAGGAGAGCAGCAGCGGCAGCACCACCAGCUCGGCGGCGCCCGGCGAGCCCGACCCCGGCCACCUCCACGCCGAGCCGGGCGAGGCGGGCGGUGUCCCACCCCCGCCGCCACCGCCACCGCCCCCGCCGCCUCCCCAGCAGCAGCCGCCGGCGGCUCCGGUCGCCGGGCAGCAGAGCCAGCAGGCCAAGCCCAAGAGGAAGCGGACGGGCUCGGACUCCAAGUCGGGCAAGCCCCGGCGGGCUCGGACAGCUUUCACCUACGAGCAGCUGGUGGCGCUGGAGAACAAGUUCAAGUCCACCCGGUACCUGUCGGUCUGCGAGCGCCUCAACCUGGCGCUCUCCCUCAGCCUCACCGAGACGCAGGUGAAGAUCUGGUUCCAGAACCGCCGCACCAAGUGGAAGAAGCAGAACCCGGGGGCCGACACCAGCGCUCCCACCGGCGGGGGCGGCGGGGGUAGCGGGGCGGGGGGCGGGCUGGGCGGCGGGGCGCUGCCGGGGGGGCUCAGCCCCCUCAGCCACUCGCCCCCCAUGGGGAACCCGCUCUCCAUGCACGGCCCCGGCAGCUAUGCCGGACACCCCGCGGGCGGGCUGGUCUGCGCCGCCCAGCUGCCCUUCCUGCCCAGCCCCGCCGUCCUCUCGCCCUUCGUCCUGGGCUCGCAGACUUACGGCGCUCCGGCUUUCUACACCCCGCACCUAUAAGCCCGACGCUCGUUCCUCCUCCUCCUCAUCCCCCGGCCCCUUCCCGCUGCUCCCCGCCGUCCCUGAAGGGCCGCCCGGCUGGGCGCUUGGGGGACCGGUCACCGUGCGGCUUUUCCGUCCCCCCCAUACCCAAACUGUGAAACCAACAACCGCCUGGCAGCGGCCCCGGGAGGGGAAGGGGCGGCCAAAGGAUCCCUCGGCCCCACCGACCCCACGGCGGCUCCACCGCCCAUGAUCGUUUCUACGACCCUUUUUAUACGCGACGUGUCCGGACUGAGCUUCUGCGGGGACGAGGAAAACCUCUCUCCCCCUUGUACAUACAAGUAGAUGUAAAUCAUCGUUACCGGUAUUUUUAUUUUCACUGUCCCUCAUUGCUAUGUGGGUUUGAUUAUUCUAUCUUUUUUUUUUUUUUUUUUGCUUCGUUUUUAUUCUGGUCUGGCCACUCUUAAAAGACUUGUAAAAAUAUUAUGUACCCAUUUGACUCUCAGGGUAAAACAGAGAACUAUCGGUUCUGUCCCUCGACAUCGCUGAGGCAACGACGCGCCACUCCCUCCCGUGACCUCACGGUGACCACGGUCAUUUUUUAUUACGUCACAGUUCGACGAAACGCGAACGUGGACGAGCCGCCGCGGACACGCGGGGAAGGGGCGGCGGGGGCGGCUGCUGGGGCGCGGGGUUGUGGUUUUUUCACGUUAAUCAUUUCUGUAUAUUUCUGGUUGUUACAAAAAAAAAAAAAAAGGUUUUAACUUUAUAAUUAAUGUAUAAGGUAUGGGAGCAAUGAGCAAGAGAUGAUAUAGAAAGCACUUUGUUUGCUAAACACUUUAAAUCAAUCAAUAAACUUUAAGAAAACGGCGUUUUGCCGUGGUGGCGAGUCCCUGCUUUUCGGCUGAAUGUUUGUGAGACGAGGUUCGUCUGGAAACCGCCUGGCUCAGGAGACCUUCGGAGGGGUGUUUUGCAUCAUCCUUUUUUC